CGGCUCUCGGCCUGCGCUCGCGGAAGCCGGAAGCGGCAGCUGUCGGCGGUGCCGGCUGUGGGCGGAGGAGGGGCUACGAGUGCCCGGGGGUUCGUGGACCCCGUGAUGGAUCCGGACCCGAUAGUUGCGCCGCGAAGGUCGUCGCUGCUGUUGUGGCUGCUCCUGGCGCAGCUGCUGUGGUCGGGGCUGGCGCUGGGCGCGCUCCCUUUCGGUAGCAGUCCUCACAGGGUCUUCCACGACCUCCUGUCGGAGCAGCAGUUGGUGGAGGUGGAGGACUUGUCCCUGUCCCUGCUGCAGGGGGGAGGGCUGGGGCCACUGUUGCUACCCCCGGACUUGCCGGAUCUGGAUCCCGACUGUCGAGAGCUUCUGCUGGACUUCGCCAACAGCAGCGCAGAGCUGACAGGGUGUCUUGUGCGCAGCGCCCGGCCGGUGCGCCUGUGUCAGACCUGCUACCCCCUCUUCCAACAGGUCGUCAGCAAGAUGGACAACAUCAGCAGAGCCGUGGGGAACACUUCAGAGAGUCACAGUUGUGCCAGAAGUCUCUUAAUGGCAGAUAGAAUUCAAGUAGUUGUGGUACUCUCUGAGUUUUUUAAUACUACAUGGAAGGAAGCAAAUUGUGCAAAUUGUUUAACGAACAACAGUGAAGAAUUAUCAAACAGUACAGUGUAUUUCCUCAGUCUGUUUAAUCACACCUUGACCUGCUUUGAACAUAACCUUCAGGGGAGUGCACACAGUCUUCUACAGACAAAAAAUUACUCAGAAGUAUGCAAAAACUGUCGUGAAGCAUAUAAAACUCUGAGUAGUCUGUACUAUGAAAUGCAAAAAAUGAAUGAACUUGAGAAUAAGGCUGAACCUGGAACACAUUUAUGCAUUGAUGUGGAGGAUGCAAUGAACAUUACUCGAAAACUGUGGAGUCGCACUUUCAACUGCUCGGUCCCUUGCAGUGACACAGUGCCUGUAAUUGCUGUUUCUGUGUUCAUUCUCUUUCUACCUGUUGUCUUUUACCUUAGUAGCUUUCUUCACUCAGAGCAAAAGAAACGCAAGCUCAUCCUACCCAAACGUCUCAAGUCCAGUACCAGUUUUGCGAACAUUCAAGAAAAUUCAAACUGAAAUCUACAAAAUGGAGAAUUGACAUUGUAUCAUACAGAUGAGUGAUAGAAGAUACACCUUGGUCAGAAAGAAGAUAAGCUGUGAUUUGACAAGUCGUGUUCUUAAGAAAUGCAAGGACUUCGGGUUUAUUUUUAAAUAAGAAUUUUCAAUUUUUCUUUCCUUUUCCACCCCCUUUUUAAGGAUUUGGGUAUUUUUAAUUUCUAGCCAUAGUAAUGUUAUCUAUUUUAAAGUGUAUUUGUUACAGUAACAGAAGACGUAAGAACAAUCUUUGUUUUCUUUUGUAGGGAUAUUAUUACUAUUGGAGACUUCUGGUAUCUCCUUAUUAACAUAAGUAUCUCAAGAAGAAACGUUUUUGAAAAUUAACAUUUAAAAAUUCAUCAAUUACAGCAAAGACUUUAAAAAAGAAAUAUACUUGCCAAAAAGUAGCAGGUCCAAAGAUUAAUUUAAAUUACUCUUCAUUGCAGUAUUAUUGUUACAUAUAUAUUUAAUAUGUCACAUGUUACAAUAAUAAAUAAUUCAAUCCCUUGUUUCCCUAAAGUCAUUUUUGAAACCACUAACUGUAAACCUCCCUAGUGAUUUUUAGAAGUGGCAAGCUGCAUUACAUUUAUCUUUGUAAAAAGAUUUAUGGUAACUGGUUUCUUACUUGACUUUUAUAAAUAGUGUUUUGCAUCUUAUUUUUGCCUUUAUUUCAUAGUAAUUUGAAAUCACUGGACUGCUUUAUUAUAUUCAGGGCAAGAUGGAUUCUUUUUAUACCAGGGUUUUGCAUUGUGAAUUACAUUAAGUUAUUUGACAGUUUAUAAUUUAUUACUACUUUAAAUCAAAGGUAGCAUUAUCACACUGCAUUUACAUUGUGAUUUUUUAAAUGAAAAUUUUCUCUUGGGAAUAUAUAGGGAUUUGGGGGAGAGAAAGGAGGAGUAAAAAAGAGCUUAAGUUUCAGAAAUUAGAGCCCUGAAGGGCUGCUCAGUAUAAAACUGUUGAGUGGUUCAUAAUGGGGCAUGGAUCAGAAAGAUAGUCUCAUACAGAAAGCAGUUAGGGUAAGAUGAUUUUUAUUUUUUCUAAAUUAUUUAAAUCAGAUAAAAGUGAUACAUUGAAAUGAAGCCACAAUUUCACUCUCACAAAUUCUAUUUUGGAAUGUUUUAUUAGCCUUUAAAAAAAUUUCAGAAUUGUUCACAACUUUAUUCCUCAGGUUUUAAAAGUUCAGGAUUUCACUUAUUAAUUCCUUCCUGCUUUUUUUGGUGGAAAUAGGCUUCAUUUAAAACAUUAAGAAUAUGAAGCCUCCUCUAUAUGGAAACAAGAGUUAAAUAGUAAGAGAAUUUGAAUCCCUUCAAAUACUAUAGAGAGACAAGAAAGUAUUUUUAUUUUUUAUGUUUACCUUAUACAUCUAUGCAGAAUGAAAGAGAAAGCUCAUUCUUAGAUGUGUAACAUAUGCAAAAGCUGUUACAGGCCAGGCGUGGUGGCUCAUGCUUGUAAUCCUAGCACUCUGGAAGGCUGAGGCAGGUGGAUUGCUUAAGCUCUGGAGUUUGAGAUCAGCCUGAA